CUUUCUACAACACCACAAUUCACCAGCCUUAUAAUAUUUUUUCGUUUGUGCGUGUAAGAGUGAGAAGUAAAGAAACAUACGUUGUCUUUGAGUGAACAACAUGUCAAGUUGGUACGUAUUGUUUAUGUUUGCACUAGUACUAGUGCAUGCCACAGCAAGAAAUAUACCCGAGGUUCAAACUCAUGAUAAAAAUGUAAACACUGAGAUUUUAAGUACUGCUCCAACACCAAGCAAGGGAGGACUUGAUGACAAGAAAAAUUUCAUCACAUUUGGUGGCAUAGGUAGUUGCUCUGGAAUUGGUGGCUAUGGUGGGAUAUUGCCAACUCUUGGCGGAGCUGGCGGCGGCGCUGGUGUUGGUGGAGCCGGUGGUGGUGGUGGCCUGGGCGGUGCCGGUGGCGGUCUUGGUGGUACCGGGGUUAAAGGGAUCGGCGGCGUUGGUGUUGCCGGAGGUGUUGGUGGAGUUGGUGGUGUUGGUGGGCUAGGUGUUGGUGGUGGAAUUGGUGGUUAUAAAGGUGUGGGAGUUAUAAUUCCUUGAAGUGUUAGUUAGUUACUAAUAUUUCUUAUCUAUUGCAUGUUUUUUUUUUCAAGUGUCUAGUGUUUAAAUUUGAAGUUUUAUUUAAGUGUUAUUAGUAUUAUACUACUAUUAUUCCUCGACUACUAUGUUAUCUAGUAUUGUUCCCAAGUCAUUGUAAUAACUAAGGAUAUAAUAGUAGUUUUUUCUAGGUUGUGUUUAUGUCCUGUUCAUGUUCCCAAGUUGGUAUAACUUGUUUCUAAUGUAUGAAUGAACUUUUUUUCUUCAAGAA